AUGCCCGCACCGGGUCUCAACUCUCCCGUCAACGUAAGCUUCAGUCCGGACGGUCGUAUCGUGGCCUUCUUGCACGCUCCAGGGCCUCAGAGCAGUCUCUCGCGUCAAUUAUAUGCACUGGACGUGGCCUCUCGCCGCGUGUCGCUUCUUGCGGCAUCACCGGGUAAAGGAAACACAGAAGAAAAUAUGAGCUUUGACGACAAGCUUCGACGUGAACGUCAGCGUCAAAUGGGGGUCGGGAUCACGUCCUACGCGUGGAAUCCGUCACCUCAUUCCCAGCGUCUUCUAUACCCUCUACAAGGUGAUAUCUAUAUUCAAGAGCAACCGGGGGCCGAGCUUAAGUUGCUUUUUGAAAAGACGUCUACGGGCGCCAUAGGGGGCGCCAUUGACCCGCAAUUUUCGCCGGACGGACGAUGGGUUGCUUUUAUACAGGACAAGGAGAUUUACGUCAUCUCUAGUCAAGUAGCAGAUCAACAACAAGCAGUACAAGUGACGACGGGAGCAAGAGAAACAGAUGGAAAAUCCAAUGGCUUGGCCUGUUUUUUAACACAAGAGGAACUUAGUCGCUUUCGAGGCUUCUGGUGGUCUCCCGACAGCACAAAACUCGCCUUUGAAGAGGUUGACGAGAGUCAUAUUCCGAAAUUUUGGAUCAUGCACUCGGGUAGUGCCGAGCCGACGGGAGACGCAUCACAGGAAGAUCAUCGCUACCCUUUUGCCGGUGGUGCCAAUCCAAAGAGGAGGUUGGGGGUUAUUACAUUGCCACAUGCAGAACAAGAUCAGAGAGUGCAGCAUUCCCACCAACAGCAGCAGUACAAAAUUCCUACACCGGUGUGGAUGGACUUUGCAUCGGUAAACCCAGACCAGGAUUUUUAUAUUUCAAGAGUGAAUUGGCUGCCAGAUCAGUCGCUAGGUGUGCAGAGACUGAAUCGACUUCAGACAGAGCUUAUGUUUCUGCGGUUUGAUGUACAGACUGGACAUGCGACCGUAUUGAUUCAGGAGACGAACCCGGUGUGGCUGAAUGCUAGCUACUUGUUCCGUAACAUCGAAGUGGAGAGCAAGAACACGUUCCGUUUCUUAUGGGCGUCGGAGCGAACUGGCUUCAUGCACUUGUACCUGUACGAAUACGCAGCGGGUACACACGCAGCUCGACUUCUUAAUACUGUAACGAGCGGCAAAUGGAGCGUGGAAUCUGUCGAGGGUAUUGACUUGGCACAAGGACGUGUGUUCUUUUGCGGUACUGCGGACUCUCCGCUAGAGCGUCAUCUAUAUGUGACGCCUCUCUUUCCGUCUAGUGACCCACCGCUUCCUCCCAUCAGACUGACUGGUGCAGAGGGUAUGCACAACAUCGUCAUGGAUAGCAGUUGCCGUGUGUUUGUAGAUGCGUAUAGCAACCUAACGACACCACCGCGUGCACAAGUGUGUGCUGUGCCUUCGCAGGCUCGGAUUGCAGAAGUGAAGCCGAUUGAACCUCGAGACCCGAGUAUGGCAGCGGAGGCAGCAGCCCCGCCGCCAGCGGAUCUUGCUAAACUUUUUAAGGAAAUCCAAGAUUCAGCAUAUUUACUGACCACGGAGCAGGAGGACCUUCGUGUUGCAAUAUUUAAGGCUCAAAGCAAGCUAUGCGUGCCCAAGAUCAUAUCAAUCCCAACCCGCGAUGGCAAAGAAACACUGUACGGUGCAGUAUACUUACCGGAUCCGAAGGUGCAUGGUAAAGGGCCAUACCCGACAAUGGUGAGUGUAUAUGGUGGGCCUCAUGUGCAGCGCGUUGCACGCAACUGGGCAAUGACCGUCGACAUGCGAGCGCAGCGGUUCCGUGAUAUGGGGUAUGCCGUAUUGAAGGUAGACAAUCGUGGCAGCUAUCGUCGUGGGUUGGCCUUCGAGGGCGCCAUUAAACAUUGCAUGGGCACUGUGGAAAUUUUGGACCAAGAAGAUGGCGUCCGCAAAUUAGUGAGUGAAGGUGUUACGAUUGAGGGGCGAGUGGGAAUUUACGGCUGGAGCUAUGGUGGCUACAUGGCAGCUAUUUGUCUUUUGAAAGCUCCUGAAACGUUCAGUCUUGCUAUCGCCGGGGCCCCGGUGACGAGCUGGGACGGCUAUGAUACUUGCUACACGGAGCGCUAUAUGUCAACACCCCAGCUGAAUCCGACGGGCUAUCAAAAUGCUUCAGUAAUGGAGGCUGUUGGCAACAUGCACGACAGACAGCAGCUACUACUGAUCCAUGGACUGAUUGAUGAGAACGUGCACUUUCGCCAUACUGCUCGUCUCAUCGCAUCUCUUAUCGACGCUCGAAAGCACUAUGAUUUGCUUCUCUUCCCUGGCGAGCGCCACUCACCGCGCCACUUGGAAGACCGGAUUUACAUGGAGCAGCGCAUCGCCAAGUACGUCGGAGAGCGUCUGUGA